UCUGAAAUCUGAAAUUAAUUAAUGGCUUGUUAUUUUUAAAAGAAACGAAAAAAAAAUAAGAAGAAAUUGUAAAGGUGUGAAGGAAAUAGUUCAGAUUGAAUACUAUUUAGAUUAUUAAAGGCAUCAAAAUGUUGCCAGCACAUCUUGUCUUAUGUGUGCUGGGCUGCAUUACAUUUUCUGGAGUAACACAUGCGGUCUAUGAGGAUUGUAAGACUCCCCCGCCUGUGGAUCAUGCCAGAGCUGAGCUGUUCGAGAGCGAGAACAUUAAUACUGCCACCUACAGCUGUUCAGCUGGUUAUGCGAUGAAAGGCGACAACAAGCUGAUCUGCAAUGUGGAAACCGAGGAAUGGCAGGGUGAACCACCUGCCUGUAUUAAGAGCAAGGUUAGCUCCAAUCAGGCCGAACGCAAAAAAAAUAUGAUGGCCAUUCCCGAGGAGCCGAAUGUGCCCAAGCAGCUGGUUCAGCAGCUCGACUUGAGCUGCAUUCAGGCGAUGGUUGAGGCGCCCGAGAUUAGCCAUGGCAUAGUCGCUAAAUACGAACGACGUCGUCGCGGCAACAGGAUCUUCCUGGCUGCCUACUACGCCUGCGUUGACAACUAUGACUUGGAGCGGGCGGAGGUGAAUGCGCUCUACUGCAGCGUCAAUCAGUGGGUGGGUGAGUUGCCCACCUGCCUGUCACGCGGCGAGUAUCCCUAUGACGAGGACGAAGAAGACGAUGAAGACUAUGAUUACGCAGCGAAUUCGAAUAGUGCAGCUGAGGAAAUGGAUGGCGAGUCGGAACUAGAUGAGAGUGGAGAUCCUGUUGCGCUCCCACCACCGCCGCCACCCGUCGGGAAGGAGGAGCAAGUGGAUGAAGUGAGACACGUCGACGAACAGUCUGAGCACAAAGCAGAUAUUCCUCCAGUUGAUGAACCCGAAUGGGAGCCAGAAUUAAGUCGACCUGAUACGGAACCAGAAAUUGUGGUGCACGUCAUCGAGCAGGAACCGGAACCGGAACCGGAGCCGAAGUUGGAACCAGAGCCACAGCCGGAUCAAGGUCCUGUCACCGACAUCAACAACAUCGUUGUGGCUCCCACUCAGGAUCCCUACUCGCCACGAGUGCUGGACGAGAAUUGCGGCAAGGACCGCGGUGGCUGCGCCCACAAAUGCGAGCGUCUGCUGUACCCCGGCGAAAAUGAGCCCCGCCUCAAGUGCAGCUGCAACGAGGGCUACACACUCGAUCUCCAGGACUAUGCCAGAUGUGAUGAUAUUGAUGAGUGCCAGGAGUCGAAUGGUGGCUGCUCUCAAAUCUGCAACAAUCUGCCCGGCAGCUUCGAGUGCGCCUGCGAAAAUGGAUAUCAGAUCGAUCCAACCACUGGCACCACCUGUAUGGAUAUUGAUGAGUGCGCUGAUCCGGAAUUGUCCGCCAAGUGCGGGCAUGGAUGUGAGAAUACGCCCGGCUCCUUUCUUUGUGUGAAACUUUCGAACACCAAGCAGGAAGCGGAUGAGGUGGAGGAGGAGGAGGAGCAGGAUAAUGAAAUUGAUCCAACGCCAGUCGCUCAGCCAGAAGAAGUGCCGCCCACGGCCGUCGAAGUGGAUGUGGAGCCAGCUGUGGAACCCACCGUUGUGCAGCCCAGCUGCAAUGCGGGCUUUGUGCUCUCGCCGGAGGGCGACAAGUGCCAGGACAUCAAUGAGUGCGAAAUCGUUGUAGAGGACAAUGAGAAUGCUGACCAUGUGCCGCAUCGUGUUUGUCAGCAAAAGUGCAGGAAUACGAUCGGCUCGUAUAUUUGCAGCUGCCACGAGGGAUUCCAUCUGCUGGAUGAUCAGAGCAGCUGUGCUUCGGAUGCCUGUGACGAUCUGGACAAUCCACAGCUGAAUCGCACUCGUUGCGCUCACCAGUGCAAGAAUCUCGCUGGUGGUGGCUACGAGUGCAUCUGCCCGGAUGGAUACAGGCUGGGCGUGGAUCUGCACAGCUGCGAGGUGCUGGAGACUGUGUGCAGUCGGGAGCUGGGACACGAGCGCUGUCGCCCCGGCAGCUGUGUGGACAGUGAGGAUGGCAGCACGUUCAGCUGCCUGUGCCCCAAGGGCUACACCAGCGAGGUGUUCAGCUGCCAGGAUGUGGAUGAGUGCGCCAUGGGCACCCACAAAUGCAGUCACGAUUGCUUCAACAUUGAUGGCGGCUAUCAGUGCCUCUGUCCACGUGGCAUGUCGUUGCAGGAACAAGACGGACACACCUGCGUCUCUCCCGAUCCUUGUGCAGUCAAUAACAAUGGCUGCGAGCAGCUCUGCCUGAGUGCGGAAGGCGGUGCUUGCACCUGUGGAAAGGGUUAUUUGCUCAGCUCGGAUGGGAAGAGCUGCACCGAUGUGGAUGAGUGUGCGGUGUCGAAUGGUGGCUGCCAGCAGCUCUGUCGCAAUCUGCCAGGUUCACAUACUUGCGCCUGUGACAGGGGCUACGAGCUGACCGACGAUGGACACAGCUGCCAGGAUGUGGAUGAGUGCGAUGGCCUCCUUUCCGGCGGUUGUACGCACGAGUGCAUCAACCAGCCGGGCAGCUAUGAGUGCGGCUGUCCCUUGGGCUAUCUGCUGCAGGAGGAUGAGCGCAGCUGUCGCCCAGCUCUGGUUGGCUGCCCGCCAGGCACAGAGAAAACGGAAAAGGGCUGUGAGCCCAUCGAAUGCAAGCUGGGAAUGUUGCUCGGAGCCGAUGGCAGUUGUGUGGACAUCGAUGAGUGCAGGGUGAACAAUGGUGGUUGCUCCCAUCAGUGCAGGAAUUCGCAAGGAUCCUACAAGUGCGAAUGUCAAUCAGGUUACACACUGGCUGCCAACUCACGCGACUGCGAGGAUGUGGAUGAGUGCGAGGAGAACAAUGGUGGCUGUGAGGAGAGCUGCAUCAAUCUGCCCGGUAGCUUCAAGUGCGAGUGUGCGGAAGGCAAGAGUUUGUCCUUUGACGAACGCAGCUGCUAUACGCUGCCAAAGAUUAAGCCUAGAGUAUCAGUGAAACUACCAGCUCCAGUGGCUCCAAUUCCAGCCUCAGCGCCAAUUGAUCCCGUUUGGCGAAAUCGUCCCGUUGCUCCCCUUGGGCCAGUGCGUCCCGUUGCUCCCGUUGGGCCAAUGCGUCCCGUUGCGCCUGUGAUGCCAGUUCGACCAAUGGCAACUCUUCGUCCGGUUACCUAUCCAAAUCAGGUUGCCGCAACCCUGCCCGGCAUUGAGGUGAGAGAUCAGUGUCCGCGCUUCCAGGCGCCGGCAAAUGGCCAGGCACACUGCAACCGAUAUCGCCACAAGCGCAACUUCUUCUACAACAUACGCUGCAAUGUGCGCUGCAAUCCUGGCUAUCAGUUGAUCGGCCCCCAUAUCCGUAGCUGCGGCGUCUCCGGUAACUGGGAGGGACAGUCCAAUCAGUGUGUGCCCAUUUCCCAGCAACGUCCUUUCAGACCGGGUGCAGCGCGAUUUGCGCCAGCUUCGCUUGCAUGCCCUGCCCUCCCGGCGCCGCGCAAUGGCGUCAUCAGUCCCGCCAGCUGUACUCGGGGUGCCUCCAGUUUUGGCUCCUCCUGUCAUUUGCAGUGCAACAUGGGUUUUGUGCCCGUCGCCGGCCUAAUGACUUCCUGCAUGAAUGGCUGGUCUUUGGGCAGCGUCCUGGAGUGCAAACCUUUUGCCGCGAACAUGUUCUUCAAUCAAAUGAGCCCUCGCCUGCGGGCACCCUGGCAACAGCAACAACAGCAGCCAUUUGGCCGCCAGUCGUCCGCCUCUAUUCAGCAGGUGCGCAGACAGCCACUUCAAGUCCAAAGAGUUGCCUCGACUGCAUACAUCAAGUGCCCGGAAAAUGUUGUCAUUCUGCUGAAGCCACACCAGAGCAGGGCUCAUGUCAUCCUUCAAAGACCUCAGACAAAUGUGGACUAUCGUCAUGUGAACGCGUUCCCAGCAUGGGCCAAACAACUGCAGGGUCAUCUGCCCCUGGGCAACCACAAGAUCUUCUUCAGAGCUCACGAUCCGGUGUCGCAGCAGACAGUUGGCUGCGAGACCAUCAUCACCAUCAAGCCAGCACUUCCCCAAAGUUCUCUACCCUCUUUUCCCGUUUUUAGACCAGCUGCAAUGCCAGCCUAUAGAUCCGCUCCACUCCCAGAGUUUAGACCUGCCAGACUUUUCGAUUUUGCUGCAAAACCCUCAGCCCGUCUCAUCGAUGCAUCACCACUGAUGAGACGUUCCGAGAGCCUGAUUGCUGAGAGACCCGUGGAGAACACAAUCGAAGAGACUUCACCUUCUAGGCAUUCAGAGAGUACACGCAUUGAUCUGGGCUCAUCCACAUCGAGCUAUUGUCCGCCCUCCUUCGAGGUAACCUUGAAAGAGAAUCAAAAUCUGCGCUCCGUCAUCUGGGAAGAGCCACGCUUUGAGGGCAAACUUCUAAAGAUCUACAAGUCGUCAUUCCCUGGCGCUCUGUUCGGUCAGGGUGAUCAUGAUGUGAAGUACGAGGCCACCACCACAGAUGGUGUCACUCUGCGUUGCAACUUCCAGAUCCAUGUCAAGGCCGCCUCAUCCACACCCCCGCCCAAACGCGUCGAUAUUAGUUACCCGGAGUUCUCCUCUGCCCCCGCUGCACUGAUGCUGCCAACGCAUAGCAAUCUCCUUGAUGGCCACGGUUCAUAUGUGAUUUGUCCCGGCAAGGAGCCGGUUAAAGUGACCGACGGCCAAUCCGUCAACCUGCCCGUGGGCUGCACUCUGAAGAACGUGCGUCCACAAACGAAAUCACCAACGCAACCGAAACGUGGUCUUCUCACCUCGCUCUGGCGUCAAUUUAAUCCUUUUUAAUUACUCAUUUAUUACGUAUGCCAAAUUGUAAAACUAUAUGAAUUUUUGAUACAUUUAUUUUGUGUACUAUUUUUGGAUAUCUUUUGUGAAUAAUUUAAAUAAAUAUUUUUAUUAUAUGUAAA